AUGGACCCCGAACCGCUCCGAUUCCUCCGACCGAUCGAUUCUGAAGAUCAAUCAACAAUCGAUACGGAAGGAGAGGAUACGUCUUCAAUACUAUCAGAUGGCGUGCCUUACAGAAUGAAUAAUACUGACCUGAACGAAGAACGAAUUGAUGAGUCUUGUAUUGAUAACAACGACAAUCAAGGAACAUUUGAUCAGAUUUUCAUCUCUGUGGAAAAUCUGUAUUCGUUCGGAAACAAAUUUCAUCGUGUUCCUACAGUAGAAAUGUCGGUUUCAAAGGGUUUCGUGCUUGAUGAUGAUGGAAUACAUGGUAACUUCUCUUCAAAGGAUUCGUCAGCAUAUUCUGCGAGUGAAAAUGAUUUUCUGGAACAAAAAUUGGGGAAAAUGAUGCAAAAAUGCAAUUUUGAAAACCAGAACGCAGUUCAGCAGACUAUUCAGAAUCUUCAAAAAUUCACAAAGUUGUCAGGAAACGGAGCUUAUAGUAUUUUAUUGCCUUUAAUCAGUUUGAUCAAAGAAAAAGACAAUGACUCUUUCAAGCAGGUUGCCGAUCACGACGAUGUUGUGAAACGCAUUCGUGUGUCAUGGCAAGAAGAACGAGAGGGCAGGAAACGAAUUCCAAAUUUCGUAAUGAAGAUUUGUGAGUGGAUGCUGGAUAAUGGAUUAAGGUCAGUUGAAGAACUUGAAGAAGAAUGGAAGGCUGCACAACAAAGAAGACUAGAUCUGAUUUCGCUGUUAGAGGAUAAUACUGUACAGUUAGAGUGCGCGAGGAAAAGAGCGUAUGAUCAAUCAAAGUCAGGAGAAUGCCCAGAGGAAAGAAAUAGGUUUUCAAAGUGCGAUCGAAAAAUUUGA